UACAUUUCUAAGAGCUAAUUGGUGAGAGAGUGAAUUUCAAUUAACCCUGACUCGUCAAGAUAUUUGAAGUUAAUUUACUGUAGAAUUUCAAAAUUGUUCACACCUACAUCAUCUGGUUUUAUUUAGGUUUUGUCGUAAAUUCAGAACUCGAGCAAUGAGAAGUGGAAAGGUCUUUCAUUAUUACAUUUAUGAAUUUUUAACAUGAGCCUCGGGCUUAUAAGAUUACACAAGCGUUUCACACAUUUACUGUGCGUGAAGAGGUGGCUGAAUUUUUCUGGUGCGAGUGUAACCUCACGCCAUACUAAAAACACAAGGAUGUUUACUGAAGACGCCAGCAGAUCCUAUGGUAAAGUCAGGCAACCGUUUCGGCUCCUUUCUAGAUCGACCCUUCGCAUAAAAGAUAUGCUCUAGUGCUAGACACAAAGCUCAGUCUCGGGAUUUCAAGGUAAUCGCUUUUCACGCACUGAUAGAGACACUUUCCUUUUUUCCCAGAAAAGAACAAAGCUGUAUUGUUUACAAAAAUAGCCGAAACAAGCCCAUGAGUAAUGCAUGGUAAUAAGAUGCAGAGCCAUUCUCGACGCGUGUUCCCCGGUGGGAUUACACUCGAAGUGUCCGGCCAACAUGAAGUUUCUCUUAUGCGGUUUGGUUUGUACUUUAACUCUGAUUCAAGCUAUCACAACAACUGCAGGAGCUGUCUGUCUGGAUUCUACAGUUACAUUUGCAGUCAAUUCUGGAGUUAACGCAAGCCUUCCUUUCAACGCAUCAGAUUAUGAGAAUCAAAAAGAUUUCCGAGUCUAUCGUGCUCAGAGAAACUCUAUAGAAUUUGCUCACAUGACAAAAGAUGUAUCGAAGGGCGAUUGUUCUGGUCCACUGUCGGAUCUUUGUGUGAAGGGGAAGAUAGAGUUUGCGAGGGAUAACCAAACCCAUUUGUUAUUGGUGAAGAUCUUCCAUACCACUGUCAAUGACAGUGGUCAAUACGCAGUCUGGACUAGAUUUUACAGUGGUAAUUUCCAUGACGACGAGAAAACAGCGAAAUGCUUAAAGGUGAUAAAUGUGAAAGUAGAAGGAGCUGUCUGUCUUGAUUCUACAGAUACAUUUGCAGUCAAUUCAGGAGUUAACGCAAGCCUUCCUUUCAACGCAUCAAAUGAUGAGAAUCUAAACGAUUUCCGAGUCUAUCGUGCUCAGAAAAACUCUAUGGAAUUUGCUCACAUGACAAAAGAUAAAUCGAAAGGCGAUUGUUCUGGUUCAUUGUCGGAUCUUUGUGUGAAGGGGAAGGUAGAAUUUAGGAGAGAUAACCAAACUCAUUUGUUACUGGUGGAGAUUUUCCAUACCACUAUUAAUGAUAGUGGUCAAUACGCAGUCUGGGCUAAAUUUAACAGCGGUAAUUUACAUCCAGACGAGAAAACAGCGAAAUGCCUUAAAGUGAUACAUGUGAAAGUAGAAGGUAACUCUACAGAAACCACGACAAGUCCAUUUCCUCAGUCGACUCAAGUCUAUGGCCCAAGCAGUAGCUCAGAAACCACAAGUCCAGCUCCUCAGUCGACUCAAGUCUACAGCCCCAGCAGUAGCUCAGAAACCACGACAAGUCCAGUUCCUCAGUCGACUCAAGUCUACAGCUCCGGCAGCAACUCAGAAAACAAGACAAGUCCAGUUCCUCAGUCGACUCAAGUCUACAGCCCCAGCAGCAGCUCAGGUCCAGGAGGGAAGACAGUAGGGAUUGUACUAGGGGUUCUGUUACUCAUCGCAUUUGUCAUAACUGCCGGUUUAUUUUAUUAUUUUAAAUGUCGUAAAAAGCCUACACCAUCAAAAUCAAUAGGAAGUAAUGGCGAAGAAAUGGCUUUCACUGGAGUACAAAAUAAUAGCGAACAAAUGGCGCACAAUGAAACGCCAACUCAACCAGACAGCUGAAUGGCGGCCUGAAAAGUGAGUUAUUUCGUGGGAAAAUCAAGUACCAGUCCCACAUCGGUCAGUCUUGGAUGAGCACAUUUUUCAAUUUAAUUCCUCGUAUUGCAAUUUGUACUGAGACUCUUGUAAAGUAUUAUUGCCAAAUGAGACAAAACCUUCCCACGGGGUGAAGCGAUACGUGACAAGUUCAAACGUUAACUCAUAUUUUGGAGCCACUUUUGUAGCCGAUUUCUAAGUUACGUGAUUUUAUGUCACGUGAUUUUUCGUAUUUUGCUGAUUUCUCGUAUGUUAUGUUGUCACUGAGUCAGACGCAAUCGAGGCAGCGACACUGGAUGUUUAUGUUUACGGUGCGCUCAAAGAAAAACGAGAGUUUGUGAAUCGAUAAAAGAACC